AACCCGCACUCCACCAAAUUUGCCAUGGACCGCCACAGUGGUGUGCUGCGCCUCCGAGCUGGGACCACCCUGGACUACGAGAAGGCCCGGGCCCAUUUCAUCACAGUGGUUGCCAAGGAUGGUGGAGGGAAGCUGCGAGGGGCUGAUGUGGUGUUCUCAGCCAUCACCACAGUCACAGUCAACGUGGAAGACAUGCAGGACAUGGCUCCUGUCUUCGUGGGCACACCUUACUAUGGCUAUGUAUAUGAGGACAGCCUUCCGGACUCAGAGGUACUGACUGUGGUCGCCGUGGAUGGAGAUCGGGGCAAACCCAACCAUGUUCUCUACAGCCUCGUAAACGGGAGCGAUGGAGUCUUUGAAAUUAAUGAAACAUCUGGAGCCAUCUCCCUCAUGCAGAGCCCAGCCCAGCUCCGGAGAGAGGUAUAUCAGCUCUUUGUACAGGUGACUGAGGUCAGCUCUGCAGGGAGUCCAGCUGCCCAAGCCAUGGUCCCCGUCACCAUCAGGAUCGUGGACCUCAAUAACCAUCCACCUACAUUUUAUGGAGAGAGUGGACCCCAGAACCGAUUUGAGUUGUCCAUGUAUGAGCACCCGCCCCAAGGGGAGAUCCUACGGGGCCUCAAGAUCACUGUCAACGACUCAGACCAGGGAGCCAAUGCCAAAUUCAACUUGCGGCUGGUGGGACCUGGGGGCAUCUUCCGAGUGGUCCCGCAGACAGUCCUGAAUGAAGCCCAGGUGACAAUCAUUGUGGAGAACUCAGCUGCCAUCGACUUUGAAAAGUUCAAAGUGUUAACCUUCAAGCUCCUGGCCAUUGAAGUGAACACCCCGGAGAAGUUCAGCUCCACAGCAGAUGUUGUGAUCCAGCUCCUGGACACCAAUGACAAUGUCCCCAAGUUCACCUCCCACUACUACAUUGCCAGGAUCCCUGAGGAUGCCCCAGGGGGCACCAAUGUGGUGGCCGUCACUGCUGUGGAUCCAGACACAGGUCCUUGGGGCGAAGUCAGAUACUCCAUCUACGGGUCAGGGGCAGACCUCUUCCUAAUUCAGCCAUCCACUGGGAUCAUCUACACUCAGCCCUGGGCCAGCCUGGAUGCUGAAGACACAGCCAGGUACAACUUCUACGUGAAGGCGGAGGAUAUGGAGGGCAGGUACAGCCUGGCCGAGGUGUACGUCACUCUGUUGGAUGUCAAUGACCACUACCCCCAGUUUGGCAAGAGCAUCCAGGAGAAGACGAUGGUGCUGGGGACCCCAGUGAAAAUUGAGGCCACAGACCAGGAUGCAGAGGAGCCCAACAACUUGGUGGAUUAUUCCAUCACCCACGCAGAGCCAGCCAACGUGUUUGACAUCGAUGCACACACGGGGGAGAUCCGGCUCAAGAACUCCAUCCGCUCCCUGGAUGCCCUGCACAACAUCACGCCCAGUGGGGGCCACAUGUGGUCCCUGGAGGUGCAGGCCAAGGAUCGCGGCUCUCCAUCCUUCAGCACCACAGCCUUACUCAAGAUUGACAUCAUAGACACAGAGAUGCUGUCCCGAGACCCCAUGGCCGCCUUCCUGAUGCAGACCAAAGACAACCCCAUGAAGGCUGUGGGGGUGCUGGCUGGCAUCAUGACCACCAUCGUGGCCAUCACCGUCCUCAUCUCCACCGCCACCUUCUGGCGCAAUAAGAAGUCAAACAAGGUCCUGCCCAUACGGCGCGUGAUCCGCAAGCGGCCCAGCCCUGCACCUCGAGCCAUCCGCAUUGAGUGGCUCAAGUUCAGAAGGACCAAGGCUGCUGCCAAGUUUGUGCUCAGAGAUGACCCUCCCAAUGAGAACUGUAACAACAACAGCUUGGGAAGCUCACCACCCCCCACAGCCCCGCCUCUCCCUCCAUCACCCAGAAUGGUACCCAACAUAGGUCCGGCCCACUGGACUGUGCCCACAGUCUCUGGCUCAAUCACCCCUCAGCAAGCCCAGUCAAAACCUGAGGCCUUGGGAAGCCCUGUCCAGUCAGCACUGGUCUUUGAGCUAAGACAAAAGUUUGAGGAGAAGAAGAAUGCAGAAAAUAUGGCUUAUUUCUAGAGUAUGGCCCAUGGCCCCUCUUUUCCCACCCCAACUCUCCUGCUACUUGGACCAUGCUCCAUCUUCUAAUCCUUAGGGUCACCCCUGUUUUGUUUAAUGAUAUAAAUCCCAUAUCUAAGGCUCUGAACAGCACCUAAACAAGGGACUUCUCUGGUUAGGGAUGCAAUUGGCAAAUACUUCCCAGUCACCCAGAUCCUUGAUCCAGUUGUGAUGUUACUCAUUCUGCAGAGGCUGAUAGCCAACAAGGAGCCAGAGCUGUAUGUCUUCUCUCCAACUCCAGGCCUCACAAUCCCUGGAGCCUCUUGAGGCCUCAGCAUCCUAAGUCGAAAAUCAGGGCCCUAACCACAAGGCUGAGUAGAACCUAAAUCCUGAAACCUACUUGUAAGAGCAGGAACAGGAAAAGGAGGCUCAGUCCUUGCUAAGGCUGAGAUUGGGAGUCAGUGAACCUUGCAGUCCAUAGGAGAAUGAAUGCACCAGGAGAGGCCAAAGGUGCACUAAAAAGUUAAUGCUGAUGCUGGAACUGUACCCAAAAGUGGUACGACCUCAGGAAAGCUGCUUAAACACCCUCUUCAUCCUCUUCCUCAUCUGUAAAAUGAAGAAGAUAAAUCCCAGCUGCCUCACGCACAGGUUAAGACUGAGAAUGAAAUAAGUAGUAGUAGUAACAAAGGCUUUAACCAAAUGCAGAGUGGCACAAGUGGAAAGUAUUUUCUGCAGGCCAGUUCUCUGGGGUGCAGCAAUUCCAGAAAGUAUUAGGAGCUUCUCAGCUACUCUGCCAAGCAUCUGUGAAGAUACUUUGUUGGGUUUGGAAGCCGGCACUGAGCCUCAGCAGCCAGAGCUGGGAGGUGGCAUUGUCCUUGACGUAAGUACCUCCCCUUCUGUUCUCCCCAGAACAUAUUCUCUGCAUGGCUCUGACCAGCCACUGCCAGAGACAUCCAGAACUGGGCAGCACAUUCAGCUCAAGUCUCCAUUUUUCCAAGAUGAUGAAAGUGAAUUCCCAAGAGAGGAGUGUUACCCAGGGCCACAUAGUGGGGUGGUACCAAGGACAUCGUCAGAGGGUCCAGCUCCUCAUUUUCCUCUUUCUGGGCAUACUUGAUCACUUUGUGACAGUCUUGCCCAGGAGAGAAGACAUGCCGUCCUCUAUGGUUAAAGAAAAGAAGUUCACCCUGACUUUAAAGACACUUGCUAUAAGGAAAUCCAGAGUGUACAGAGAGAGAGAACAAUUCUUUGCAUUUUGCUCCACUCAUUAAUAACCCUUCUAGAAUUUGUCAGGUUUUAUUUAACCAGAUUUUUAACAUAAGUGAUUUUCUUGAUUUCUGAGUCUAUAUUGAGCCAGGGUACAGGCUUCUUGCUGGGGGUAUCUGCAGUCCCCAACCCUGAGAGUGUUAAGUAAGAGGUGGGCUCUAAGAAGCUAGGAGCCCAGACUGAACUACCAGGUACUCUGCAGCCCAUGUUUCAGAAGCAGCUGCGCUGGAUCAUGUCUGCUCUCCACAGGGAAUAUAGCAUCCUUACAAUUUGCAUGCAGUCAACCUCUUUUGUAAAUGAUAAAUAAAAUCCGUUAA